AGAUCCUUCACAGCUUGUAAGACACCUCAACAACGUCGCGACCACACAGAGGAUGCAUCCCGUCUGCUUAUCCGCCGCGAUGGCUCUCGCUGGUCUAAUAGCAGGUGUUACUGCCCAGCCACGUCCAGCGUUUCAGCGGAGCUGGGGAGACGCCGCUUCUCUGGAUUCCUUUGAAGAGUGCCAACUGCUGUCGGUAGUCGUCGAGUCGUUGGACAGCGAAAACUCGUCCGCUGUCGGUGUUGCACUAUACUAUAUGUUAGCCUUCGAGGCUGGUGGCGUCCCGACCACUUCCAUGAUUGGUUAUGAUCCGACAAACUUAUGUUGGCAGGCGAACCAUAAGCAAGGCUCGUCGCUGAUGCUGAUCAUCGUCGACUCUAAUGGCAGCGCAGGUGGAGUGCCUCAGCCGCUUUAUAGCAUGACUGCUGGGGACGAUAUAUCUUGCCUCAAAUCCCUUCCUUCAUCCUCGCUAGCUACAGUACACGCCAACGUCUCUGACACGGUCUUAACAUGCGAACCGCUGGGUCUCAGCAUCAGCGGUGGUCAAAAGCCAUAUACCGUUGUUCUGUCUGAGAUGCACUCCGACACUAUCACCGUGGUAACCUUGGCCAAUGAUAACGAUACAUUAACAUAUAUCAGCCGAGUUGACCCAGACUGGCAGCUGAUUGCCUCGGUGUAUGAUGCCUCUGGACACUGGGGAACUUCAACCAACGCAAUUCGCACGUCCGGGCCGGAAGACACCGCAUGCCUUGGACUGGAAACCUCACAAUCCAGCUCAACAGGCGGCGGAGGCGAGCCCAUGUCUUCGUCAAUACAACCCUUUCCAUCAGGCACCUCCGUCUCACCGCCUGUCAGCAGUCAACCAGGCAUCGUCCCCACGCUCUCGGGCAACAGCAAUAAACAUACCCAGGUCAUCGUCGGUGUCAUAGUGGGGGUUGGAGUCCCUCUCCUUCUCGCGGCAGUGCUCGUACCCUUGAUACGACGCUACAGACGACGAAGCUCUGGUGUAAGGAGGACGCCCCCAGACCUUCUCUCUUCGCCUGCCAUCGAAUUUGACCCCAUACGCUCGAAGAAGCCAAACCCUUCACACUUCACCGUUCUCCAAGCACUUCGCACGAAGAGCCAGCGCCCCCUCUAGCUGCUCAUGCGGACAGCAACAGCGCAGCGACUUCUCACCCUUCCCCACCCAGCAAUCUCUC